UACCCCCCUCACUCGCACGUUAGGAGGCUCUGGUCGUUUCGCACCGUCGUCUUCCUGCCUGCGUCAGGGACCUGCCCUACUCAGUGUAAAAUAGGAGGGAGGGGUGAGCGAUGAAGCCCCUGGAGGAUCUCAGUGAGGAUUUCAACGAUUUGCCACAGGCCACCAUGGCAUCAGAUGAAGGCAAGCUUUUCGUUGGAGGGUUGAGUUUUGACACCAAUGAGCAGUCGCUGGAGCAGGUCUUCUCAAAAUAUGGACAGAUUUCUGAAGUGGUGGUCGUGAAAGACAGGGAGACCCAGCGGUCACGGGGCUUUGGGUUUGUCACCUUUGAGAACAUCGACGAUGCCAAAGAUGCGAUGAUGGCCAUGAAUGGGAAGUCUGUGGACGGGCGACAGAUUCGAGUUGACCAGGCUGGCAAGUCUUCUGAUAACCGAUCUCGUGGGUACCGAGGUGGCUCUGCUGGGGGCCGGGGUUUCUUCCGAGGAGGCCGAGGCCGGGGCCGUGGGUUCUCCAGAGGAGGAGGGGACCGAGGCUAUGGGGGGAGCCGGUUCGAGUCCAGGAGUGGGGGCUAUGGGGGCUCCAGAGACUACUACAGCAGCCGGAGUCAGGGUGGUGGCUAUGGUGAUCGGAGCUCUGGAGGGUCCUAUAGAGACAGCUACGACAGUUAUGCUACACACAACGAGUAAAAAUCCUUCCUGCUCAAGAUCGUCCUUCCAAUGGCUGUAUAUUUAAAGAUUUUGGGAGCUUCGCUGAAUCGUUAAUGUGUAGUGAACACACCUCCUUGUACCCACUUUUGUAGUCUAAUCAGUUCUGAUCUUGUCAAACACAGCCUGACUGCUUCUGACCCCCGAGAUGGCUUCAAUACUAGACUUUACUUUUUAAGGAAACACUGUCCGUUUUUAAGGGUUUUAAAAACGUUUUGAAAAGCACUUCAGAUUUUACGUUUUUCUUUUUACCAUGAGCCAUGAGUUUUUUAGAAAAUCAUCGGGGGUUGUGUGGGUUUUUUGUUUUUGGUUGUGUUGUCUUUUUUACUUCCCUUUUAGUGGGGUUGGCCUGGUGAAGUUGGGUCCUCCAAUUCAAAUCUCUUGGAGAUUGGACGGACUCUGAGUCUGCUCUCUGUUGGAAGCUGAGGGAGCUGUGGCUUUUUUCCAACUUCAUGUACCGUUUCUGAGUGUAGCAUGGUAGGACCUGUCCCAGAUCCCAGGUGGCAGCAGAGGUGCCUUGCCACUUGGGCCUGGCCUGUAUGGCCCAUCUGCUGUGUAUGACUUACAGUAGACUUGGAGAUGUCACCAAGAGGUUCUUGAAAAUGUUUAUUUAUAUUGUCCUUUUUUACUGGAAGACGUAUGCAUAUCCCAUUGAUGUUGUAUUUGAAGUGGUUAAGGAAUUCUUGUACACAGUUUUUUUGGCUUUACGAAGCAGAUUAAAAAACCGUCUGAAAUGAA